UCCUCUUUUCGCCGUCUUCCUCAUCCGAAACAGUGGUAUGGUUCCUGGUUAGCUAGCUGUGGCACUGAUCACUAACUCUAAAGUUCCACUCCACUCUGUCCGUCUCUUUCUGUCAGUCACGUCCAGGGUCUUCAUGGCGACUCUCCUGUCCUGGGAUUUGGUUUCUGUGGUCAUCAUGCUGUUCCUUGUCUACACAGAGUCAGUGACAAAAAUUAAAACAAAUAAAUCAGCUUCUUUGGGAGAAGAUGUUUAUUUGGUGUGCAAUGAAUCCAUGACGAACACAACUAAUCAAGUCAUCUGGAGAAAGGACACGGUUCUUAUUCUCUCUCAUUCCAAGGGGAAAAGAACUCACAGAAACUUCACCUCAGGCAGGAUGAGUGCUGACUCUCUUACUCCUACAGAGCUUAUUAUAUCUAUUGUAGAGCUAACUGACACCGGGACCUACAACUGUACUGUCACAGAUCGAAGGGGUGUUAAGACAAUGGAGUGGAAUUUGACUAUCACAGAUAACCUCAUAGAUAAUGCUGAAAAUGGCCUACAGAUGUUGUUGGUCUUCACAAUUCCGUCUGCUAUUGGAGGAGUGGCUCUGUUCAUUGGUAUCUGCUGUAUGGUCUGGCUGUGUAGGAAAAUAAAAAAAGAACAGACAAGUCAUUGUGAAAGGCGAGGAGAGGAGAGCAAUGCCCCAUCUCAAGGUCACGCUGCCCAAAGAGCACAACGCCAGCGGAGUCAGUACUUCGAAAGAUUCAACUCAGUCUACGGACAUUACUGAACACAUCAGAAGCAAUCAGAAGUUGAAUCAAUAACAAAUCACUCCCCACCUGUUUUGGUAAAAAUCUGAAGGAUGGGGCUGGAGAAAUGUAACCACUCUCAAAUUCCUGGACAGAGCUAUGGAUGCAAGGACUGAUUAUAUAACAAUUAUAGUUUUCACCAUGUUUUGAGGCACCAUGUUUGUUUACAUUUAGUUUGUUUGCAAACAUUGGAGUAAAAUAUUCUUAUAUAUCGAGUUCUGAUAGGGUAAAACAGCUGAACUAAGUUCAUGAGGCAUUUAUAAGUUAUAUUCUUCAAGAAUCAAUGGGUAUAUAUCACAAAUGUAUAAAUUGACAAAGCUACUGCAGAUUUCCCCUUUAAAGUGAAUUCACCUAUACCUCAUAAAGACCUUAUUUAUGUAAAUAAAUUAGGAAUGUGUGUAAACCUACUCUCUCCUCUGGCUAUGGAAUUACACUCAAAUGUACAGUAAGAGUAAAACAAUUAAACUAAAAACAUUGCCUUCUUA